GAGAUAAUGAAUAGAACCAACCUAGCGGUGCGUCGGCGGAUCCUUCUCGACAGCACUGACAUCACUCUUGCCCGACCGUGCCCUCUCUUACGCACCUGCAAUGAGACGGUUCAUGGUAGUCGAACCGCCCACACCGACGCCUCCCAAGGCCCCAAAAUCACCAUCCCGAAUUUGUACAGUUUAGGAUCCAAUGGCGACGAGGAGGAGGGGUCCCGAAAUCAAGAGCAAGCCCCUCUGACGACAGAAGACGGAGCGAAUGCCCCUCGUAAUAAAUACCUAAUUCUUCUCCCUGGUCUGACCCAAUCCCGUCCUUUCCCUUUUGUUUUAUCCCCUUUACUCUUCCUUUUCGAACCUUUUUAUACCCUCACAAUCCCUUUUCAAUUCCUCUGAUCCUCGAUCCCUAUCAUACGAUUCAAAAUGCCUACUUACGACGAUUCCGAUUUUGGUGUUAACGCCGCCCCCGCUCAGCAGCAGCAGCAGGAACAGGCCGUUGGCAGCGCUGGUGGCCGUUCUGGCAGCUAUGGCGGCAGCUUGAGCAUUCCUAGUGAUGCUCACCGUGGAAGUGCCAUUGAGGUUCCCGCCACGCGGUCCUCCAUCAGCGAUGCUUCUCACUACAUGCACAAUUUGAGCAUCUCCCCCGCUGCCAAGGAGAGACGGGGUUCUCGUAACUCCUUCGGCGCCUCCUUGCCCAUCCCCCGUUCCAAGAGACAGUCGAGACUGUCUUCCGUUGUCACCGCUGAGGAGGGCGGCCGUCCUGGCAUGCCCCCAAUUGCUCCUUCUCGGGACAUCAUUGCUGCCCAGCUUCAGGAUCUUGCUGGUGAGAAGGUCAAGGCUGCUAAGAACAUGUCCUUCGUCUUCGACAUUGAUGGUGUCUUGGUCCACGGUGACCGUCUCAUUCCUGAGGGUCGUCGUGCCUUGCAAAUCUUGAACGGUGACAACGAGCUCGGCAUCAAGAUUCCUCACAUUUUCCUCACCAACGGUUCGGGCAAGCCUGAGCAGCCUCGUUGCGAUCAGCUCUCCAAGAUUCUCGGAGUCCCAAUUUCGACUGAACAGUUCAUCCAAUCCCACACCCCUAUGCAGGCUCUGUCCGAGUACUACAACACCGUCUUGGUUGUUGGUGGUGAAGGCUACAAGUGUCGUGAGGUUGCCGAGCUCUACGGCUUCAAGGACAUCGUCGUGCCUAACGACAUUAUCGCUUGGGAUGAGACAAUUGCUCCCUUCCGAAAAUUCACCGCCGAGGAGCGUGCCACUUCUCGUCCCCGGGAUUUCAGCCGCAUGAACAUUGAUGCCAUCCUUGUCUUCUCCGACAGCCGUGACUUCGCCACCGAUCUCCAGAUCAUCAUGGACCUGCUUCAGUCGGAGAACGGCCGUUUCGGCACUCGCGCUAAGGACCCUGUUUCGCAGCGGAUUCCCAUCUACUUCUCCCAGGGUGACCUGUUGUGCCCUAGCGAGCACCCUUACCCGCGUAUGUCUCAGGGUGCUUUCCGUAUCGGUCUUGAGGCCAUGUACAAGGCUUUGACCGGUGAGGACCUCGAGCGUGUUGUCUAUGGUAAGCCUGAGCUGGCUACCUACAAGUACGCCGAUGAAGUCAUCACCAACUGGAUGAAUGUUAUCCACAACGAGGAGAAGCUCCCCGAGCACAUUUACAUGGUUGGUGACAACCCCGCCUCUGAUAUCGUCGGCGGUAACUCCUACGGCUGGAACACUUGCUUGGUCCGCACCGGUGUUUUCCAGGGCGGUGAGAACGACGAGGAGAAUCCCGCCAACUUCGGUGUCUUCCGUAAUGUGUUGGAGGCUGUCAAGACAGCCAUCUCCAAGGAGCUGGGCAAGGACUUCAAGUUUGAGUGGAACGAGAAGGCCAACCCUGUCAACGCAGCCCACGGUGUCUCGGCUGUGGAGUAAUUAUGAGGCAUGGCAUCGGGAAAUGGCGUUUUGUUUUUACCUUGACGAAAGCUUUUCAUUUUUCUUGUGAGGUCGUCCACGGUUGGCUUUUUAGUUACCCUUUUCUUUUUCUUCGUUUUUUACAUUUGAUGGACUAUUUGGACUGUAAUGUCAUCCGGUUUAAAUGAUAAAGAAUUGGAACAUCUUAUGAUGACUCGAAAAUACAAUUGCUACGGCUUUCAUACCCAAC